CGAUUUUACUACGAACGUACCACCUGUGCAUCAGUCAUACUCCGAAUGGCACAGCGUAAAACCAAACAAAUUAAUCGUUUCAACUUGAUUUCCGGCAACCACGCAUUGACAGUCCACCGAGGCAUCUUCUGCUGCAUCUGUGCAGGUAUUUAUUUAACAAAUCACAGCUCAUUUUGCUUAAAACCGUGCUUCGGAACGGCAACGUAAAUGUGUAAGUAGGAAAAUUUUAACGUGUGCACGUUGACAUUUUGCGUCGUAUCGUCCAUUGAUCAAUUGACGCAUGCCACAGCACGUAACGGUGCACUGGCUUUCAUAACGCGUGGAACAUCAACUGCUCUACAUACAUAGGCCUAGCUAUGGAUUACUUCGAUUCAAAUCACAUGGACCUUUCUGUUCGUGACGUUUUCGAGGCUGAAGUGCAGACGGAAAUGGACCAGAUUUUGAGGUCUGGAUCGGCCAGUUACGACCCAGAGACGGAAACAAUAGAUCUGACAGGGUACAAUCCCAACGAAAAUGGCGACCUGGCUGGGGAAUUCUCCACAGACCAGGGCGCCAUGCAAGACAUCGUCUGGCUGUCGGAUGGGAUGGGGACGCUCUCAGACACCAUCUCACACGCUUCCACGACCGCCACCACCACUUCCACCGGGAAUGCCAAUCUGGAUAUCUCCCAGCUGAGCUCUCCGGAGAAAUUCGCCUUGGAUAGUCAGGGAUUACUGGUGAACCCUCAGACAGGCCAGCCUGUGUCAACUCUGAAUGUUGUGUUGGGCAUGCCUGAUCAUCAACCACAGCCAAAUCAAACAAUCCUUCUCCAGCAGCAACUCGAGCAAGGCCAGACUCUAGACAAUCUAUCGACCCAGAUGAACUUCACACCAGCUCAACAACAGCAAUUUCUGUCGCUCACACCACAACAGCUUCAGCAAAGUGGUCUCCUAGCUGGCCAAGUCAAUUUCCAAACACUCCCAGUUCUUGGAUUGCAGUCUCAGCAAAAUCCCCCAUCUUCUCUGGGUACCUCCACUCCCCAUCAGACAGCAAGUCUCUUGUCGAAGCAGCAGAAACUGGAACCAGUGGCGGGAACAGAGCAGAAGGUGUAUCCCAAGCCAGCAUAUUCUUACAGUUGCCUGAUCACCAUGGCAAUGAAGAAUAGCAAAACUGGUUGCAUGCCAGUCAGUGAUAUUUACCAGUUCAUGUGUGAGAACUUUCCGUACUUCAAAACUGCUCCAGAUGGAUGGAAGAACUCUGUGAGGCAUAACCUCUCCUUAAACAAGUGCUUUGCCAAGAUUGAGAAGCCUGCAACUGCCAACGGAUCAAGUCGUAAGGGAUGUCUUUGGGCCCUGAACCCAGAGAAGGCUGCCAAAAUGGCUGAAGAAGUCCACAAAUGGACUAAGAAAGACCCAGCUGGCAUCCGAAGAAGCAUGGCCAAGCCCGAGGAACUUGAGAGAAUAGAGGAACGAGUCAAAGACAACAACACCCAGCCCAUCCUUCAUGCUAAAACAGUCUCCUCUACCACACCUGACAUCAAGACCAUCGUCAUGAAGGCUGUCUCUACACCGUUGUCCACGGCAACUACUACCACGACAACCAUACCGGCCAUCAAUCCAAAGUCGCAUGUGGUGGAUCCCAUCCCUGUCAGUUUAUACCCGGCAGAGGACGUCUUCAACGGUGACAUCAAUAUCGUCGACCCUUCGCUCGCUUCAUUGGAAGGAGAUUUCAGUUUACCUGAUCACCUGAUGGACCCACUAAACUGUGAGUUGAUGAACCUAGAUGUACCGAUCACAGUGUCACCCCAACCAGGCAGUAACCCAUUGUUUGGAGGCAUCUUGGACACAUCACCACUCAAGGACAACCAGUCAUUGACAGCCAUGAGUGAAACACAGUACUCUCAGUUCUGUAGUCCCAGCCGAACACCAGUGACAGCAUUCAUGUGACGCUAGUGAAACCAUAGGUAGAUUUCUUAGCACCCUGUUGAAAUGUUGACACUGUGGUUUUCUUACAUGCGGUUAAUUUUCAAAAUAUAUCCAUUUUUGUUUUAGUUUUGGAGCUUUUUAAAUAUUUGCGUGGACGGAACUAAAGCUCACAUGGUCUGAACUCACCCUGAUGUAGCAGUUUUGCUGCCCUUGUAGUUUAACCUUGGGAGUGGGGAAACAGUUUCAAACCUAGCAUGAAACCCAGACUGCCAUUAAUUUUCAAGGGAAUAAAACUCUGUGAUUAACAGUGUGGUAGUAUACAAAUAUAACAUGGUUUGAGGUUGGAUGGUCAGUGUUAGUUUCCCACCUUGGGUACUAGUUUUAUCAACUUCCAAUACCUCGGGGAACUAACAUUGACUGUCCGAUCAGAAUAAACCAUGUUAUAUUUGUUUGACCAUACCUCAUACAUAUUUUAUUUAAUAACCUCUAAAAAAA